AUGAUCAACGCUGUGCUCGUCUUCAACAACCAUGGCCAACCGCGCCUGACCAAGUUCUACACCCAGCUGGACACGUCCGUCCAGCAACGCCUGAUCUCCGAGAUCUUCACGCUGGUGUCAAACCGCCCCAACUCGUCAUGUAACUUCCUUCCGUACGUGUUCCCCUCUUCCAGCGCAUUCUCCACCAGCUUCCACCAGCUCCACGUACUCACACCUUUCCCUCGCCAUCACCAAAACACCCUUCGCAACCUGCUAACACCCGGCGUGACUGCAACCAGCCUCCCGCCCCUCCUCGCCUCGUCCAGCAGCUCUCCCACCAACGGGCCCUACGCCGACACCCCCUCCAUCGUCACCUACCGCCACUACGCGACCCUAUACUUCAUCAUCAUCAGCACCGCCACCGAGUCCCCGCUCGCGCUGCUCGACCUGAUCCAGGUCUUCGUCGAGGCGCUCGACCGCCUGUUCGAGAACGUGUGCGAGCUGGACCUCAUCUUCAACUUCGAGACGCUGCACGCCACGCUGAGCGAGAUGAUUGUCGGCGGCGUCGUCGUCGAGACGGGCCUGGAACGCGUCGUGCAGGGCGUCAAGGCGCAGGGGAGGGUGGCGAAGAGGCCCGGGGGUGAGAGCAGCGCGUUUGGCGCGUUUGGGAGGGGGGAGGGGCUGUGGGCGGGGAGGUGA